CCAUGUCGCGCCGUAACGCGAACAGCGGUAAGGACAAGCUUCUCGACGACGAGGAAGAGGUCUUGCAGGCCGUCAUUCUUGCGGACAGCUUCAACAAACGUUUCCGCCCGCUUACAACGAGGAAACCACGAGUACGACGAUCCUCGCCACAAUGCACACCGUUGGCGCUGACACGGCGCACAGUGCCUUCUCCCCAUGUGCAAUGCCCCCCUCUUGGAUUGGACCUUCGAGAGCCUUGCCCUUGCAGGCGUUCAAGAGGUCUUCGUAGUGUGCAGGUCGCACGCUGACCAGGUCAAGACCGCGAUCAGCGAGUCGAAAUGGAGCAAGCCCGGCUCGGGGAUGAAGAUCGUGCCCAUCAUGACCGCGAAGGAGACGUUCUCGCCCGGGGACGCGAUGCGCGACAUCUACACCCGCGGGCUCGUCACGACGGACUUCGUGCUCGUGAUGGGCGACCUGGUGAGCAACAUCCGGAUCGACGAGGUCGUGCGCGUGCACAAGGAGCGCCGCAAGACGAACAAGGACGCGAUCAUGACUAUGGUGGUGAAGGAGAGCGGGUCAAGGCAUCGGACGAGGAUGAAGGGCGACUCGUCGAUGUUCGUAAUUGACCCGGAGACCUCUGAGUGCUUGCAUUAUGAGCAUAUCCCCGGCUACCCGCUGAAGAAGCACGCACAUAUACCACGAGAGAUCUUCGCCGAACAUCCUGAAGUAGAAAUCCGUAACGACCUCAUAGACUGUCAAAUAGAUGUGUGCUCGGUUGAGGUUCCUUCGCUCUUCCAGGAUAACUUCGAUUAUUCAGAUAUCCGUCGUGACUUUGUGCACGGGGUCCUCACCUCCGAUCUCCUCAUGAAAAAUAUCCAUUGCUAUGUGGCGAAGGAAGGCUACGCUGCCCGCGUGAAGGAUACGAAGAGCUACGAGGCUGUCAGUAAGGACAUCCUCGCUCGGUGGACCUUCCCUCUCGUCCCCGAUGACAAUCAUCCCAGCGGUCAUGUGUACGAGCACCUGCGCGGCAACAAAUACAUCGCAAAAGACAAUAGCGUAACGCUGGCACGAAACUGCAAAAUCGGCAACAACACCCUCAUCGGCUCCUCCUCGCAGGUCGGCGACAACACCGAGAUAUCGGCCUCCGUUAUAGGGCGCAACUGCGUUAUUGGACCGGGGUGCGUUAUCCGGAAUGCAUACAUCUUCGACGGCAGCACCAUCGGGAAGGAGUGCACGAUUGAGCGCAGCAUCCUCGGCGCGGGCGUGCAGGUGAAGGACGGUUCGGUCAUUGACCGCGGGUGUCUUGUUGCCGACGAUGUUACGGUGGGCCCGAAGGCGCAUCUGCACCCCUUCGAGCGGUUGUCGCGAAGGAGGGAGUUGCCUGCGCAAGGAAGCGGGGAGGAUGCAGAUGACGAGGAUGAAGAAGUGGAUUCGGACCUUGAGGAUGUUGAAGCAAUGCAAGACCAGUUGCACGCCACAUUGGGCGACGAGUCGAAUGCUAUCAUUUGGCCUAGAGAGGAGAAGGAAGAGGAAGAAGAGCAGAAGAGCGACAUGGAAGAGGACGACGAAUACGACGUCGAGAACCCGAAGAACCAGCGCUUCAUGAGACUCGCCGACGACUGCUGGGACCUCGACGUCUCCGACCAAGGCUCCGAGUCCGCCGACGACAGCGACUCCUCCUCCAGCGACGACGAGUCCACCUUCUCCGUCCCCAUGAACGCCUCCCAGACCUCGCUCCCCGUUGUCGAGAAGGCCGCCGAGCACGAGUUCCAAAAGGAGGUCCGCCAGUCCCUCGAGCGCGCCUUCGCCGAGAACCACUCGGUCGACAACGCCGCCGUCGAGCUCAAGACGCUGCGCAUGGCGAGCAACGUGCCGCUCCUGCGCGUGCGCGAGAGCGUCGUGGCGGCGAUUGUUGAAAGGAUACCGAUUGUGGCGGGGGAUCCGGCAGGCCAGAGACGUGCGAUUCACCAGAUGAUCGGGAGGUGGGGCGACCUUAUUAACCAGAUAGGAGGGAUGGACCCGGUGGAGACGAUUCUUGUGCUGCAGCGACACUGCGCAACCUCAGAGCGCCUGGCAUUGUUCGGUCAGAUCCUCGCAGCCCUCUAUCAAGAAGACGUCGUCGAAGAGGAAGACAUCCGCGCCUGGUUCAAGCACCCCGAGUCGCGCGGUGAGGACGUCGGGGCGUCAGGCGAGGAGCUCGAGAACAUCAAGAAGUGCAGGGAUGUGGGCGCGAAGAUGAUCGAGCAGUUUGACGCGCAGGAGACCAGUGAGGAGGAGAGCGAGGAGGAUGAGGACGAGGAUGAAGACAAAGAUGAGGACGAGGAUGAGGAGCCUGCUGCCAAGCUCCCGCGGCCCGCAGUCGAUCCGGAUAUCGUUGACGGCGGCUCGAGUAGUGAGGAAGAGGAGGAAGACGAGGACGAGGAGGAAGAUGACGAGGAAGACGAGAAACUUUCGCCAGCGGUAGAAGCCACCUCUCAAUCCCCGACCACUUCACAACCCCAACCUAUCACCGCCACGCAACCUCAGCCAACGCCCACCUCACAACCUCAAGCAGAAACAGCCCCAUCGCAACCUCAAGCCCCCUCUUCACCCACACCCUCAGCGGCACGCUCGCCUGCUGCUGCCGCGUCGACCGCUGCUGACCCUUCAGCAGCCCCUCCUUCCUUUCGUGCCGAAAGUGGGGGAAGCGCAACCGAGAAGACCGUCGAGUCCAGUGAACGGCGACCAAGCGUCUCUGCCGCCCAAGGAGCAAGCGAAGGAGCCGUGGUGGAAGCGCCUGCGCAGCCGGUUCAGCCGCCUGCGGCGGCGCAUUCCACGGAGGUAAAAGUCGCGCGCGAGGAGGAGACGAAGGGCCCUGCUGCGCCUAACCCAUGACUCGCUUGCUGCGUGCAGUAAUCAUUGCGGUUGGCAUGCGUUAGUAGAGCUUUCGCGAACAGGAUAGUCAGCACCGCCAGUAUCCAACAAAAGAAAAACGAGGCGAAUAGCCCUAUGUACGAUAGCUACAGUCUCUUCUACUUAUUGCUCAGUGAUUGGCUGCUUGCAGUAUGAUAAACGCUAUUUGUAUCUAGAGUAGCUCAGUGUAUAGCAGAACGAAGUGUGUAUCUAUUUUUCGUGACUGGUUGAAGUUCCGCAGCGCAAGUUUGAGCAGGUCUAACAACGGCUCCGAAGUUCAACUUGCA